AUGGACAACUGCAACGUCGGCAGCCGUUGUGUUGCCGACCUUUCAGAGGACAAAGAAUUGGUACGCAGCAGGAAGUGCCUUAAAAGCGCUGUGUCCUGUGUGGAUGCCAGGCGUCGAGAUGUAGAGGAUAGAAUUUUGCAUUCGGCCUCGACGUCCCAUGAUGAGUUUCGACCGAUGAGGUCUGAUCAAUUCUUCAGAAGCCAGAGUAUGUACGUUUUCCUCACAUACGAGGUUGCAGAGGUUGAUAACACCACCUAUUAG